CUCCCUUCUCAGUAAGCUACCUACUAAACUUUGUCUCCAGCCAAAUUGUAUUUCACAGUUUGCAUAGAUAUUCCAAAGUUUUGUUUUUGCCUUGAUACAUCAGGUAUCAUUUCUAACGAUGUCUAACGGAUACAGAAUCCCUUUUGAGGAAAUGCUGAAGUGCAGCGCAUGCCAGGGCAGGAUCAAGGAUACCAGGAGUCUACCCUGUGGGCAUACCUUCUGCAGUGAUUGUCUCGCUAGGUCCGCUAACGCUACUUACCCUCGAGGAAGCAUCCAAUGUGCAGAAUGCAAGAAGACAUCUCAGCUACCCUUCGGAGGAGCAGAAGGUCUCCCGCGCUGCUUUGCCAUCAACAGCCUCUUGGAUGAUAUCAACGAGACCUUUGGCGGAGGCGACAGCGCCACCAUUGGCAGACAUGGUUUCCAAGUUAAGGAAACGUUCUCCUGCGCAUUCUGCUUAAAUCUGAUGAGAGACGCCCGCUAUCUACCUUGCGGACACUCCUUUUGUGCAGAAUGCCUGAAGAUGCAGCCACGAACAACACCACGUAUCAAGUGCUCCAAGUGCCAGAAGGACCACAACCUACCAGCCCGAGGAAUCGACGGUCUCCCUGUCGCUUACCGCAUCAACAGCAUCGUGGUUGAGAUCAGGUCUAAUGACAAUGAACCAAAUAAUGAAUCCAAGGCGAGUUCUUCCAAGAACAGACGACAUCAACCUCCCCAUCCUCAUCGAUCACCAGACACGAACUCUCGACCAUUGACGGAGGACGUUGGCGAGGCCAAGAAGAAGGCCCAGACCCAGGUCUUAGUCGGACGAACCAACGGGAAGACCCUCGUCAUUGACACCAGCAACAACACCACCAUAGGCGAUCUCCAGCGAGAGAUCAAGACGAGAACCAGCAUUGACCAGUCCCAGCAGAGGCUGACCUUCAGCGGUCGGAAUUUGGACACCAAAACAAAAACAAGAACAUUGUCGUCCAUAGGUAUUGGAAAUCUAUGUACUAUUAAUAUGACUGAAAGGCUCUGUGGAGGUAGCCGAUAGAUAGAUAUCCUUUUC